AUGCUCCGACUCCCUCUCGCGCUUCUCGCCAUCGCAUCAAUUGGUGAUGCCCUCCCUACACAGCUCUGGUCGGCCGACUUAUCGUACCACCUUUCGAUCGAAUUUGAUCAUAGCUUUGAUGUAUCAGACGUCUACAACGCGAGUGACACAGCUCCGGAAGAUGACCACGACGUCGCACAAGACUCAUCCGAUCCUGGUGACACGCUGCAAGCAUACUUCGAUUCCGUCCUCCAACCACGCCAUGAAGCCCACCUCAAUGGCGCUUCUCGAGAAAACACCCAUGUCUUGAUGAAGAGAGGAUGUAAGAUCGGCGCCAACGGAUGGGAAUGCGACGACAACAUCCCCACCAUGACUGAGAUUGUCGACUACCUGCGAGUCAAACCUGGCGGCAUGGCCAGAAAUAACAGGCGAGCGGCAUUUUAUGUCAACUUAGGCGACGUCGACCCCAAUCUCCAAAAGGGCGGUAACGAAGCCGCAGCAAUGCUGGUUGCUUGGUGCCAAAAGAACGGCCUGGAGGGAAAGUACUACUGGUGGGCGAAUGCGUGCGACAAGCUUUGGCUCGAGAAACAGGCUGAACAUCUCAAAGAGAAUCGGGCGCGUAUCGAAAAGGCUCACCCGGAAUGGCCAAACCCUGAGCAAAUCUUCCUCCACGGGUUCUUCCAAGCUAUGGCAUUUGCUACAACGCAUCCGGAUGUGCUGUUCUUUACGCAGGCCGGUAAAGACUGGGACAAGAAGAGUAUUUGGCAAGAAGUCGAGUAUCCGACCUUGACACGCAAUCGGCAUGUCAAGCGAAUUUUCCGCAUUGAUCCGACCUGCCCCGACAACAAGCCGGAGUUGAUGUGGGAUCGUUCGAGGAAAGACCCUCUGCCGCCUGUCGUCUUUCAAUACCCGGACAUGCGAUGA